AUGACUUUUUGUCUCUGUCUGAUUUUCUCUGCAGUGGUGAUUAUGUGCAUGGGAGCAGAAAAAAUAAGAGAGAUCAUGCUGGCUGCACACAAACGACAGAUGACAACUGGCAAAUGCAUAUUCUUUAAUGUUGAACUCUUUAAUGCCUCUUCUUAUGGCAAUGGCUCAUGGAAGAGAGGUGAUGAAUACGACAACGAUGCAAGGCAAGCCUACGCUGCUCUGAACACUGUGACUCUUCUGAGAACUGUCAAGCCUGAGUUUGAGAACUUCUCCAUAGAAAUGAAAAUGCCUUUUGAAAAAGUAGGGCUUCAUGACUGCAAAGACUGUGAAAAUGUCAACAUGUUUGUGGAGGGGUUCCAUGAUGCCCUGUUACUGUAUACCAUCGCCUUGCAUGAAGCCAUGAAAAAUGGGUACAGCAAGAAGAAUGGAACAGAGAUCACCUCACGUAUGUGGAACAGAACGUUCGAAGGAAUUGCUGGCCAAGUGUCUAUAGAUGCCAAUGGUGAUAGAAAUGGAGAUUUCUCUUUGAUGACCAUGAUAAAUGUUGAAGCAGGAACCUAUGAGGUGGUGGCCAAUUACUUUGGUGUAAAUGGGACUUUUCAGCUGUUGCCAGCAUUCAACACUGAGCAUUUCAGUCUGAAAGGAGGGGAUAAAGACCACCCUGAGAAAACCGAUAAAUCAGACACACCCUGUAAAUGUGGACUAGGAGUGUCAGCUUUGACUGGAGUCAUAGUCGGAGCUGUUCUGGGGGCUGUGAUCCUCGUAGCGUUCUACUUUUUCAGAAAAAACUACAGAAUUACCAUUGAGCGUCGCACACACGGCGAAGAAUGUGACUCUGGGAAGCAUCGUCAGCUACGAGAAGACUCCAUUAGGUCAAACUUCUCAGCAGCAUAAUGAGAGGCUGACACAGUCCAUGGAGAAUCGCACAUGUGACCAAAGACUUUGCAGUGGCUGUCAGUAGACCCACAGUGUUAAUCAUGAGACACUCGUUUUUGUGUCCUUUGAUGUUUUGACUUAUAACUCAGGACAGCUGUAACAGUCACAAAGCACCACUCACUUGGAUUUUCCCCCACACAAAGGUAAAUGAUUGUAUUGGUGUUUCAUGAUAUUUGGCCACAAUGUUCUUUGAGGUUUUUCUAGGCAUCUGUUAUUAUUAUUAUUAUUAUUAUUAUUAUUAUUAUUAUUAUUCACACCAUUCUAACUAAUAACUGUGAAUAAUUCAAAACAGACAGCAUAUUUAACACUAUAUUGGCAUGCACUACAAGCAGAGUUGUUGAGAUCUAUUUUUACCUUGCAGUUUUAAAAACAUUGUAUACGUGUAGUAAACCUAAAUGUCAUCUUAACACUUUAAGGAUAUAACAGAGCUACAGGGGUAUAGACUCGAUCUAUAUCAAUAGGUGACAAGCUACUGAUCUUGAGCUACAGAUACUGUAAGGUUUUCAGUCCAUUACAACAUUGCUGCAGUCUGGUAGCCUCCAUACAAAUCAUGCUCCAUCAGUUUUCUAAUCAUGCUGAUUUCUAAUGAUUGUUUUCUUUUAAAUAAUUUUAUUUGAAAAAUUCCUCAUAUAAUUAAUUCACCACCUGAAAAGAUACUACAGAUAUUUUUACUGAUAAUGUGUACUUUACGUUGCAUUUUUAUUACUGGUUCUUUUUGAAACUUUAAUAUAGCAGUAAACAAUAUUUUCUGUGUAAAGAUGUGUAUAAAAGCAUAAUUGCAGAAAAUCACUUCACACUUCCUGUCUGUGUCUUGCAAUACAAGCGUCUCAUACAUGACAUUUCACGAGUCCUUACCUUUGAAACACUGUCCUGCUUCAUAAAGAGACACGUGAAAGUGAGAUGACAGAGUAUACUCAGCCCCAAAACCCAAAGUAGUAAAAACAAUACUUUAUUCAUAUUUACUUACUUUCAGCAUCCCUGCUGUUCUCCUCUGUGCUCUCUUUCAUUCUGUGUGUCUACAUCGCCUUUGAGGCUGUAAAUAAAUUGCAAAGAGAAGAGAAAGGCGACCUGAUAUUUUUGACACUUGUCUCACUUUCUGAUGUCCGUAAACACAAAUCUGGACAGGAGCACAACAGCACAUGAUCACCAAGGCCAAGUUUUUUGCCAAACGAGAAUAAGUUAUUAGAAGUAAGUUAUUGUUAUUAAGGGCGUAUUGUUGAGACAUUCAUUAAUUAGUUAGUGGUUUGUUUAUGUUAGUACAGUCGUGGUUUUUAGUAACAUAAAUAAGCUCUUUUCUACAGGCUGUUUAAUAAAGAGAUCUAUAGAUAAGGUUGUUAGCUUACUUAUUGAGGUUAUACGCAGGGGAAAAUCAUUUCAGCAAGAACUGAUUUAUUGUUUAUCAUUUCGUAAAAAAAGCAAACAAAAACAAUUUUAUUCUUAAGCACUGGGUUAUUUUUUUUAAAUCUGUGUGUAAUAUUAUUAUAAUGACUCCUGGCAUGUGGUUGUUUAGGAUGACUGAACAUUGAACGCGGUGUGUUUAAUUUAUUUCUUGUAAAUUAUAACAUCUAUUAUGUUACAUAUUUCUCUCAAUUUUGAAUUUAUAAUAAGUUUGUAUUUUCUUGUUAUGAUUAUUUCUAAAGCAUACUUUUACUACAAUAAUAGUUCA